AGGAGCGGCUGGAGCGCGGCACUUCGCCGAGGCAUAGCAAGCCGGCAGGAUGGCGACCGUGGUGGUGGAAGCCACCGAGCCUGAGCCGUCCGGCAGCAUCGCCAGCCCGGCAGCGACCACCUCGCCCAGCCUGUCGCAUCGCUUCCUCGACAGCAAAUUCUACCUGCUGGUGGUCGUCGGCGAGAUUGUGACCGAGGAGCACCUGCGACGCGCCAUCGGCAACAUCGAACUCGGAAUCCGAUCAUGGGACACAAACCUGAUUGAAUGCAACCUGGAUCAAGAACUGAAACUUUUUGUAUCCCGACACUCUGCAAGAUUCUCUCCUGAAGUUCCAGGACAAAAGAUCCUUCAUCACAGAAGUGACGUUUUAGAAACAGUGGUCCUGAUCAACCCCUCAGAUGAAGCAGUCAGCACUGAGGUGCGCUUAAUGAUCACGGACGCCGCCCGACACAAGCUGCUCGUGUUGACGGGGCAGUGCUUUGAAAAUACCGGAGAGCUCAUUCUCCAGUCCGGCUCUUUCUCCUUCCAGAACUUCAUAGAGAUUUUCACCGAUCAAGAGAUUGGGGAGUUACUGAGUACCACCCAUCCUGCCAACAAAGCCAGCUUAACCCUUUUCUGUCCCGAAGAAGGGGACUGGAAAAACUCCAAUCUUGACAGACAUAAUCUCCAAGACUUCAUCAAUAUUAAACUCAACUCCGCUUCUAUAUUGCCAGAAAUGGAAGGACUUUCCGAGUUUACCGAGUAUCUCUCAGAAUCCGUGGAAGUCCCAUCUCCCUUUGAUAUCCUAGAACCUCCCACAUCAGGUGGAUUUCUGAAGCUCUCCAAGCCCUGCUGUUACAUUUUUCCAGGAGGGAGGGGCGAUUCUGCAUUGUUUGCAGUGAAUGGAUUCAAUAUGCUCAUCAACGGCGGAUCAGAAAGAAAAUCCUGCUUCUGGAAGCUCAUCCGACACUUGGACCGAGUGGACUCCAUCCUGCUCACCCACAUUGGGGAUGACAAUUUGCCUGGAAUAAACAGCGUGCUCCAGCGGAAAAUCGCGGAGCUCGAGGAAGAACAGUCCCAGGGCUCCACCACAAAUAGUGACUGGAUGAAAAACCUCAUCUCCCCCGACUUAGGAGUUGUAUUUCUCAAUGUACCUGAAAAUCUGAAAAACCCAGAGCCAAACAUCAAGAUGAAGAGAAGCAUAGAAGAAGCUUGCUUCACUCUCCAGUACCUAAACAAAUUGUCCAUGAAGCCAGAACCUCUGUUCAGAAGCGUAGGCAAUACCAUUGAUCCUGUCAUUCUUUUCCAAAAAAUGGGUGUUGGUAAACUAGAGAUGUAUGUGCUUAACCCAGUCAAGAGCAGCAAGGAAAUGCAGUAUUUUAUGCAGCAGUGGACUGGCACCAACAAAGACAAGGCUGACCUAAUCCUGCCUAACGGUCAAGAGCUAGACAUCCCAGUCUCCUACUUAACUUCAGUCUCAUCUUUGAUCGUGUGGCAUCCUGCAAACCCUGCAGAGAAAAUCAUCCGAGUCUUAUUUCCUGGCAACAGCACCCAAUACAAUAUCCUGGAAGGACUGGAAAAGCUCAAACAUUUGGACUUCCUGAAACAGCCGCUGGCCACCCAGAAGGAUCUAACUGGCCAGGUGGCCACCCCUGCUGUGAAACAAGUAAAACUGAAGCAGAGGGCCGACAGCCGGGAGAGCCUGAAGCCAGCUGCAAAACCACUCCCCAGCAAAUCCGUGCGAAAGGAGUCGAAAGAAGAAACCCCUGAAGUCACAAAAGCUAAUCACGUGGAAAAGGCACCCAAAGUUGAAAGCAAAGACAAGGUAACAGUGAAAAAAGACAAACCAGUAAAAACAGAAACCAAACCUCCAGUGACAGAAAAGGAGGUGCCCAGCAAAGAAGAGCUGCCUCCGGCCAAAGCCGAGGGGCCUGAAAAGCAAGGCACAGACGUCAAACCCAAAGUCACCAAGGAGAAGACUGUGAAAAAGGAAACAAAGGCAAAACCCGAAGAAAAGAAAGAGGAGAAGGAAAAGGAAAAGCCAAAGAAAGAAGUGGCUAAAAAGGAGGACAAAACACCUGUCAAGAAGGAGGAAAAACCAAAAAAGGAAGAGGUGAAAAAGGAAGUCAAAAAAGAAAUCAAGAAAGAAGAGAAAAAAGAAGUCAAAAAAGAGGUUAAGAAAGAAACCCCACUGAAGGAAGCCAAGAAGGAAGUUAAGAAGGAGGAAAAGAAGGAAAUAAAAAAGGAGGAAAAGGAACCCAAAAAAGAAAUUAAGAAACUUCCUAAAGACACAAAGAAAUCACCUACUCCCGUAUCUGAAGCAAAAAAACCGGCUGCAUUAAAACCAAAAGUACCCAAGAAGGAAGAGACUGUCAAGAAAGAUUCUGUUGCUGCUGGGCAGCUGAAGGAGAAGGGGAAAAUUAAAGUCGUUAAGAAGGAAGGCAAGGCCGCAGAGGCUGUGGCCGCGGCCGCUGGCACCAUGGCCACUGCAGCGGCUGUGGCGGCAGCGGCUGGAAUAGUGACCACUGGCCCCGCCAAAGAACUCGAAGCCGAGAGGUCCCUUAUGUCAUCCCCCGAGGAUCUGACCAAGGACUUUGAAGAGCUGAAGGCUGAAGAGGUCGAUUUAGCAAAAGACAUCAAGCCUCAGCUGGAGCUGAUCGAAGAUGAAGAGAAACUGAAGGAAACCGAGCCCGUCGAGGCCUAUGUCAUCCAGAAAGAGACAGAAGUCACCAGAGGUCCCGCCGAGUCCCCCGAUGAGGGCAUCACCACCACUGAAGGGGAGGGUGAGUGCGAGCAAACCCCCGAGGAGCUGGAGCCCGUCGAGAAGCAGGGCGUGGAGGACACUGAAAAAUUUGAAGACGAAGGAGCGGGUUUUGAGGAGUCCUCCGAGACUGGAGACUAUGAAGAGAAGGCGGAAACCGAGGAGGCUGAGGAGCCAGAAGAGGACGGAGAGGAGACCGUGCGUGUGAGCACCUCCAAGCACAGCCUGGCGGAGGAGGAGGAGAGCGUGAAGGCUGAGGCUGACGGGUACAUCAAGGAGAAGAGGGAGUCGGUGGCCAGUGGUGAUGACCGAGCAGAAGAAGACAUGGACGAGGCACUGGAGAAGGGAGAAGCUGAACAAUCUGAGGAGGAGGGCGACGAGGAGGACAGAGCCGAGGAUGCCAGAGAGGAAGACUAUGAGCCCGAAAAGGCUGAAGCUGAAGAUUACGUGAUGGCCGUGGUUGACAAGGCUGCGGAGGCUAGCGGUGCCGAGGACCAGUAUGGAUUCCUUACCACGUCCACCAAGCUAGCAGGAGCCCAGUCUCCUGUCCAAGAACCUGCAUCUUCAAUUCACGAUGAGACUUUACCCGGAGGCUCGGAGAGUGAGGCCACUGCCUCCGACGAGGAGAAUCGGGAAGACCAGCCUGAAGAAUUCACUGCCACCUCCGGCUACACCCAGUCUACCAUUGAGAUAUCCAGCGAGCCCACCCCCAUGGACGAGAUGUCUACUCCUCGAGAUGUGAUGAGUGACGAGACCAACAAUGAAGAGACCGAGUCCCCAUCUCAAGAAUUUGUAAACAUCACCAAAUACGAGUCUUCACUGUAUCCUCAGGAAUACUCCAAACCUGCUAUGACAUCACUCAACGGACUUUCUGAAGGGUCAAAAACAGAUGCCACUGAUGGGAAGGAUUACAGUGCUUCAGCCUCCACCAUCUCACCACCCUCGUCCAUGGAGGAAGACAAAUUCAGCAGAUCUGCUCUACAUGAUGCCUACUGCUAUGAAGAGAAAGACGUGAGAGCCAGUGCCACGCUGGAGAUCAAAGACACCGUCUCAGCAGUUUCAGAUGAAAAACUUAGCCCACCCAAGAGCCCGUCCCUGAGUCCAUCUCCACCAUCACCCAUAGAAAAGACCCCGCUGGGUGAACGUAGCGUGAACUUUUCUCUGACACCCAGUGAGAUUAAAGUCUCAGCAGAGGCAGAAGUAGUCCCAGCAUCUCUGGAGGUGACCCAAGAAGUAGUGGAAGAACACUGUGCCAGUCCUGAGGAUAAGACCCUGGAAGUGGUGUCUCCAUCUCAGUCUGUGACUGGCAGUGCUGGCCACACACCGUACUACCAAUCUCCCACUGAUGAGAAAUCUAGUCACCUUCCCACAGAGGUCAUUGAAAAACCAGCGGCAGUCCCAGUGAGCUUUGAAUUCAGUGAUGCCAAAGAUGAGAGUGAAAGGGCUUCCAUAAGCCCCAUGGAUGAACCUGUGCCUGACUCGGAGUCUCCUAUUGAAAAAGUUUUGUCUCCUUUACGGAGCCCUCCCCUAAUUGGAUCUGAGUCUGCAUAUGAAAGUUUUCCAAGUGCGGAUGACAAGGCUCCUGAUAGAUGUACCGAAAGCCCCUUUGAAGGAAAGAAUGGAAAAGAAGGCUUUCCAGACCAAAUAAGUCCAGUUUCUGACAUGACUUCCACUGGUCUUUUCCAAGACAAACAGGAAGGGAAAAGCACAGACUUUAUACCGAUAAAGGAAGACUUUGGUCAAGAAAAGAAAACUGAUGAUGUUGAAGCCCUGAGUUCUCAAGCAGGACUGGCUUUAGAUGAAAGGAAGUUAGGAGGAGAUGUUUCUCCUACACAAAUAGAUGUCAGUCAGUUUGGAUCUUUUAAAGAAGACACUAAGAUGUCCAUUUCUGAAGGCACUGUCUCAGACAAGUCAGCUACCCCUGUUGAUGAGGGUGUGGCAGAAGACACAUACUCUCACAUGGAGGGUGUGGCCUCGGUCUCCACAGCUUCUGUGGCUACGAGCUCAUUUCCAGAGCCAACAACAGAUGACGCGUCUCCCUCGCUGCAUGCUGAGGUUGGUUCCCCACAUUCCACUGAAGUAGAUGACUCCCUUUCAGUGUCUGUCGUGCAAACGCCUACCACUUUCCAGGAAACAGAAAUGUCUCCAUCUAAGGAAGAAAGCCCAAGACCAAUGUCAAUUUCUCCACCAGACUUCUCCCCUAAAACAGCCAAGUCUAGGACACCAGUUCAAGAUCACAGAUCUGAACAAUCCUCGAUGUCGAUUGAAUUUGGCCAGGAAUCCCCUGAGCAUUCCCUUGCUAUGGACUUCAGUCGUCAGUCUCCAGAUCACCCUACAGUGGGUGCAAGUAUGCUUCACAUCACUGAAAAUGGGCCAACUGAGGUGGACUACAGUCCUUCUGACAUGCAGGACUCUAGUUUAUCACACAAGAUCCCACCAACGGAGGAGCCGUCCUACACCCAAGAUAAUGAUCUUUCUGAGCUCAUCUCAGUCUCUCAGGUGGAGGCCUCCCCAUCCACCUCCUCCGCACAUACCCCUUCUCAGAUCGCUUCUCCUCUCCAAGAAGAUACUCUAUCCGAUGUUGUUCCUCCCGGAGAUAUAUCCUUAUAUGCCUCCCUCACCACUGAAAAAGUGCAAAGUCUGGAAGGCGAGAAGCUCUCACCAAAAUCUGAUCUCUCUCCACUCACCCCGAGAGAGUCCUCUCCUUUGUAUUCCCCUAGUUUUUCAGACUCUACCUCUGCAGUCAAAGAGAGCACAGCACCUUGCCACACUGCCUCUCCCCCACCAAUGGGUGCAGCAUCUGCAGAGCCGUAUGGCUUCCGUGCCUCCAUGUUAUUUGAUACGAUGCCACACCAUCUAGCCUUGACGAGAGAUUUGACUACAUCCAGCCUGGAGAAGGACAGUGGAGGGAAGACACCUGGAGACUUCAGCUAUGCCUAUCAGAAGCCUGAGAAGACAACCAGGUCCCCAGAUGAAGAAGGUUACGACUAUGAGGCUUAUGAGAAAACUACCCGGACCCCAGAUGUGAGUGGCUAUUACUAUGAGAAAACAGAGGGCACCAUCAAAUCCCCAUGUGACAGAGGCUACUCCUAUGAGACCAUUGAGAAAACCACCAAGACUCCCGAAGAUGGUGGCUAUGCCUAUGAAAUUACUGAAAAGCCCACGCGGAGCCCCGAAGAGUCUGGGUACGCAUACGAGAUAAGUGAGAAGACAAUAAGGACCCCUGAAGUGAGUGCUUACAGCUACGAAAAGACUGAGCGGUCUCAAAGGCUCCUGGAUGACAUCAGCAAUGGCUAUGAUGACUCUGAAGAGGGUGGCCACACACUUGGGGAUUCCAGCUACUCUUAUGAGACCACUGAGAAAACUGCCAGUUUCCCUGGGUCUGAAAGUUACUCCUAUGAGACAUUGACAACAACUACACGAACCCCUGUUACCUCCGCAUACUGUUAUGAGACCCCCGAUAAAAGUGCUAGAACCCCCCAGGCGUCUACAUAUGCCUAUGAGACUUCAGACCAGUGCUACACUGCUGAAAAGAAGUCCCCCUCCGAGGCUCGCCAGGAUGUUGACUUAUGCCUUGUGUCCUCCUGUGAAUACAAGCAUCCCAAGACGGAGCUUUCACCCUCCUUCAUUAAUCCCAAUCCUCUCGAGUGGUUUGCCAGUGAAGAGCCAACGGAAGAAUCAGAGAAGCCCCUCACCCAAUCAGGGGGAGCCCCACCACCUCCUGGAGGAAAGCCCCAGGGCCGACAAUGUGAUGAAACCCCUCCCACCUCAGUCAGCGAGUCAGCCCCGUCCCAGACGGACUCUGAUGUCCCCCCGGAGACAGAAGAGUGCCCCUCCAUCACAGCUGAUGCGAACAUCGACUCGGAAGAUGAAUCAGAAACCAUCCCCACAGACAAAACCGUCACGUACAAACACAUGGAUCCACCUCCGGCCCCCAUGCAGGACCGCAGCCCUUCUCCACGCCACCCUGAUGUGUCCAUGAUGGACCCGGAGGCCUUGGCCAUCGAGCAGAACCUGGGCAAAGCUCUGAAGAAGGACCUGAAGGAGAAGACCAAAACCAAAAAGCCAGGUACAAAGACCAAGUCAUCCUCACCUGUCAAGAAGGGUGAUGGGAAGUCCAAGCCCUCCGCAGCUUCACCCAAGCCAGGGGCCUUGAAGGAAUCCUCAGAUAAGGUGUCCCGAGUGGCUUCUCCUAAGAAGAAGGAAUCUGUGGAAAAAGCAACAAAAACCACCACCACUCCUGAGGUCAAAGCCGCACGUGGAGAAGAGAAAGACAAGGAGACCAAGAAUGCCGCGAACACCUCCACAUCCAAAUCGGUAAAGACGGCGACUGCAGGGCCAGGAAACACCAAGACAUCCAAGCCCUCAGCUGUGCCUCCAGGCCCCCCUGUGUACUUGGACCUGUGCUAUAUUCCCAACCACAGCAAUAGUAAGAACGUCGAUGUUGAAUUUUUCAAGAGAGUGAGGUCGUCCUACUACGUGGUGAGUGGGAAUGACCCCGCUGCUGAGGAGCCUAGCCGGGCUGUCCUGGAUGCCUUGUUGGAAGGGAAGGCCCAGUGGGGCAGCAACAUGCAGGUGACCCUGAUCCCAACUCAUGACUCAGAAGUGAUGAGGGAAUGGUAUCAGGAGACCCAUGAGAAGCAGCAGGACCUCAACAUCAUGGUUUUAGCAAGCAGCAGUACCGUGGUUAUGCAAGACGAAUCCUUCCCUGCAUGUAAGAUCGAACUGUAACAACCAGGCCAGCCACACCACAGGGUUUGAACUUUGUUUCCAGAAAUUCUUCAGUUUGAAACCACCUUUUCUAACAAAAGUCAAUUCACCUAAAUAAGUCACUGAACUGUUUCCUGCCAAACGCUAUACUGUGUCAUGGUGAUACAAGUCACUAAUAUUUCUCAGUUUUUGCUGAUUGCUAAGGGAAGUAGCAGUCUUCCCACACUAGGGUUCAAGUUACUGCAAAAUUACCUACCCCAGUUCAUCUCUGCUGAACAUUUGGAAACCAUGCACUAGCAAACCCAACUGAUUUCUGCUAGGUAGAGGCAUCUGUCUUAGAGAGAGAAAGAGAGAGAGAGCGCGCACGCACAAAAGAGAGGGAACGCAGAACAGAGAGAGAGAGAGAGAAAAUGAGAAAGAAAAAAAGAAUGCAAGAGGAGGAGAUGUAAUGGUAGAGAAUGCUGGUGAGAUACCAGAGAGAAAGAGAGAGCAGGGUGGGGCAGAGAAGAGAAAAUAACCAUUAGUUAGGUCUGCAUUUUCUGUCUAUUCUGUAGUCUGCAGAGGCAAAGAAGUUUGUAACUUGUGUCAGUCUGAGUCAUCAAAAAGGGUCUUAGUUUCCUAAAACAAGUUGGCUGGAAGAAAACAGAAAAGAACAAAACUUGUAAUGAGGGCAUGUGAGAUUUUUCACGCCUUAAUUAAGCUCCUUCAGUUUGAAGGCUGCACACUGACAAAAUGUAGUGAGUGUAGACUGGACAUGCAAGUGGUUUGAACCCCAUUCAGAACUCUCAGACUCUUCAAACACACGAGUAGAUUGAUCUAAGGCAUGCUCCCAGCAUCUGUGCACCCAGUUAGUCCACUCUGAGUCAAUUAACCUGCAUGCGGAGACACCCAAGUCCACCCCGAUAAACAAGCAAAUACCAAAGCAGUUGGGAGUACAUACGGUAGACAAUUUGCCUUAGGAAGUGACUUGAAUGUACAAAGAUACUUGAUGCACUUAUUUUUUAAUGUGAGACAGCGAGUUUAUAAAACAUCCGUGUAGGAUUAUAGAUACUCCAGUUAAAGGAGCAUGUGUGUGCGCGUGGGAGGGGUACUAGGAGCUUACCUGAUCGGUGCAACAGUCUGAUGCUGAGCAUUGCGUGUUGAAUACCACCUCAGGCCCCUCAGCCAAGCAAGCUGAGCCUUUCAUAGCUUCUUUACUACUGCAAGUUCAAGAUUGAAACGGCUUCUAUGAUCAGAACUGGGAAAACAGUGAAUCUUAAUGGUGGAAGAGGUUCUCAGCAAGUGUACAGUAUUUAGCUUCCCUCGUCUUACAUUGGCUUUUUUUUUUUUUAAUUUUCCAUUAAUUUCAGCAUAAUUAUGGGAACAAGUGUACAGAAGAAUUUUUUUUUUUUUUUUUAGAUAUGUGAGAACUUUUCAUAGAUGAACUUUUUAACAAAUGUUUUCAUUUACAGGAAAAUGCAAAGAAAAUUUUCA